GCCUUAUAAUUGGACCCUACGCCCACAAAAACAAAACACUCUUCCAUUUCCAAUUUCCAAUUUCCAAUUUCAAGAUGGAGAAGAUCACAUAUAGCAAUGGCGACGGCGACGGCGGCGAUGAGAUCCUCGGCGGCGGCGGCAUGCGGGCGGCGGACACGUUCCUCCGCCUUGUUCCGAUGGGGCUCUGCGUGGCGGCGCUUAUUGUCAUGCUCAAGAACUCUCAGACCGACGACUACGGCUCUGUUGCUUACUCCGACCUCGGAGCUUUCAAGUUUUUGGUGCAUGCAAAUGGGAUAUGUGCCGGCUACUCGUUCCUGUCGGCGGUGGUGGCGGCCAUGCCUCGGCCUUCCACCAUGUCUAAAGCUUGGACUUUCUUCUGCCUCGAUCAGUUGCUGACCUAUAUAACCCUAGCGGCGGGCACGGUAUCGACGGAGGUCCUAUACUUAGCCUACAAUGGCGACACCGAAAUAACUUGGAGCUCGGCCUGCGGCUCAUUCAGCAAAUUCUGUAGCAAAGCCACAACUUCAGUGAUCAUCACCUUUGUUGUGGUUGCUUUCUAUGCUUUCAUUUCAAUUCUCUCUUCUUACAAACUCUUCAGCAGAUACGGUGCUCCCAUGGCGGAUCCUUCCAAGGAACUUGAAAUCGCAGCCUUCCAUGCCUAAAUUGCUUUGGUUUUUAUAUACUCUCAGUCUCAGUUCUUAUUGAAUUAGUGGUAAAGAGAGAGUCAUGUGCAAUUGUGUAUAAACUUUUUAUGCAAAACCAAAACUUCUAAGAUUCUGAAAUCCAUGAGCAAUAAGCCCUUUGAGUUUGAGUUAUAA